AUCACACCCUCACCCAGCUGUGUUGUCUACUCAUGAGUUGAUCUAAGUCAUUCAUUCUCGCUGACUUGUUGUGAUGAUAUAACUCUUUCCAAAUAACCCUUGCGACUGGGUUGCGCCUUCCUGUUACAGCGUCCUUGUCUAGUACGCGCCUGUUCCUUCCUUGGCGCCGUAGUAGAUCAUCGCACCUGCCCUGCUGACUUGAAGUCUUGCUCUUUCUGGCGCGAUGGUCAAAUUGCGAGUCGCCGCAAGGGUCAUCCCUGAAGACGAAUACCUCGAUUCUCUCUCCUCCGCCACUCCAGCCAAGUCACUUCGUAGUGAGAAGCGCCUCCUGGUUAUCGUCCGGGAUCCCUACACAUGGCAGAUCGGCACUUUGGCACUUGAGAUCCAGAGAGCAUACAAGAGUUGCUACCAGCAUGAUCUGGCCACCAUAAAAUAUCUCAAAGAUGACGAAGACGACUGCGACCUCGACCCUCAACUCUAUGUCUCCGAUCUCCUGCUCGACGAAGGCAGAGCCCAAAGAGAUGGCCAUGAUCAACGUGUUACAAUCAAGGUCGUUCUUGAACAAGGAAGGACGCUCCGUGAAGGUUCAGUUGCCAUUGGCGGGGUCUUGGACAAUCCUGAGUUUCGCCUGCAACUUCAAGCAUCCUCACGCCCUCCGGUUCCAAAGUUUACUGUCGUCAGUUCCACCUUGGGCAAACGCCAACCCUCCGACUACCCUGAGUGGGCCCUUAAUGGGAGCAAGAGACAGAGACAUGCAGACAUACUCGAACCUGUCAGAGAAGACAGUUUGAUGUCCUCAAUCGAGCGAGAGUACCCCACAGAGCAUCUUGAUGUCGUUGCUGCCACUCAAUCGCCUCCUCAGCACCCUCAAAACACCAUCAAAGCCGAGUCUGCAGAGGCCUGGAGCACCUGGCGAGACAUUCCUGCCGCGACGGUUGAUGAGCUUGAAGCCCUGGCUGAAGAGCCACCAGGAUUCUCAUCGCUCAAAAAAAGCAACGGCACAAAAGCCAGAGCAACCCAUCAUCAACAGCCUAAUGGCAUUUCCUCGACCCAUGUUGAAACCCAACCCUCACAUCCUAAGCCUAAUCUUCCGGUUACCCCGGUCGCAGAGCUGUUGAAGCCCUCUUCGGCUUCCCACCCCCAGCCAUCGACGUCUUUCACCACUGGAGUUCGAGGGACCUUGCACAGCCUCUCCAACUCAGCGGGCAAGUUCAAGCGGACUGUUCAGAACAGCAUUUACGACCUUCCCGAAUCAGACAUCGAUGACUCGCAAAUGUCGCCCAGAUCCAAGACGGCAACUUUGCACCGAGACAAGUCGCGAGAUCGCUUCUCCCGUAUCGAAAAUCUCAGGUCGCCGUCACUGGAAAGAGACCAUGAUCAAGCUUUCACCAUCAAUGAAGCCAUCGAUGCUCUCGACAAUGAAUCGGUCUUUAACGAUGUUGCCCUGACCGAGCAUGACUUCCGUGCUCAACCCCCGUCUUUGACAGACAAAGCCGCCGCUGCUGCUGCUGCCGCCGCCACCGACCACUCUUCUGAUGACAUUUAUGAGGAUGCAGAGAGCGUAGCUCCUGAAACAGAUCCUAAACAAGUUCAAUUUCGCACAGACAGCAAACCUGUAUCUCAAAUCGACACCCACUCAACCAUGACUGCCAACAACCAAGUGACAGUACCGACUGUGCCCAAACACAAACUUGCCAACGCCCAUGAUCCGGCGCUCAACGGCCAAACUACAGCAAAUAGUGAUCCACAAAAUAGUGAACCACGGAAGACUGAAACAAAGACGUCCAGGAGGAGAUCGAGGCCAUCACGCUCAGGUGAUGGAAGUUCGAGGGACGGCAACUCCAUCAUUUCUUCACCAAGCAGCAAGACCAAAUCCGUGACCAUAGCAGAUGUCGAUCCUCAAGCCUCUCGCAAGAACGUCUCCUCUCAGCAACACACUCGCAGUACCGAGAGCCUUGAUGAACAACUAUCGCAGUCUUUGCAACAGUCAGCCCAAAAGUCCCUCAAAAAGCAAAGUACUGGUAAGAAGUCUGGGUCUGAGACUGCCAUGUCGACAAAUUCCUCUGUAAAUAAGGAAGGCAUAAAUUCCAAAGGAACGACGUCGAAGCGUGGACCAAAUUCGAAAGGCGAUGCCAGACCUGGCCCUCCUUCUGUCACUGUCAACCUAGCAAAGGAGGCCGUCGCAACUUCAAAGCCACCAAAAACACCCUCAGCCCGCAGCUCGGGGCCAGCGACUAAAUUUCAGGGCGAGGUCUCUUCUUCUAACCCCAAAUCAAAUAGACUUGCGGUCGACGACAGGACUGAAGCUAGAAAGAGUCCUUCGGUUCCAAUAGGCUUGACCGAAGAAGAAAUUAAGAUCAUGAAGAGCCGAGAAGGCAUGACAAAAGAAGAGUACGAAGCAGAUAAAAGAAGAAAGCAACUCGAGCAGAAACACGUUGAUGCUGCCAAGAAGCGUGAAAGCUUCGGUAAACCGACAAAGACGAAGCCAGUUGCACCAACGCCCAAGAGCCAGUCUUCAGCCAGUACGUCUUCAAAAACAACCGUCCCCAAUUCAAAGAGCAGUAAGAACAUUACUGUGGAGCUUGGCGCAAAGGACGCUGGUAGCAAGAGAUCAACAACUCAAGACACUGAGAAUAGCAAAACCAAGGAGCCGUCGCAGAACUCAACACUUUCUUCGUCGCCAAAGGACGGUCUGGAGAAGUCAACACGCGAUAUCACUACCAAGACUCCUGCUAAAUCGGCUCCACGAAAUGUAUCAGCAAGUAAAGACCGUCAAACUCCGAAGCCAAGCUCAGGCAAAUUGGCCGACACAUCGAAAUCACAGGCUAGCACGCAAAAGCCCAAUCCCACUGCAGCUCCUCCGACGAUUCAGCAAGCAAGAAGUCUCAAAAAUCUCCAUGCUGCCCUCAAGACCGCUCACGAGAACGCCACUUCAUCAGCAAACAGCUCUCGAAAUUCUUCUCGUCCAAACCAGAAGAAGUCAAUACUGGUUGUUUCGGACGAUGACGACACCAGUGAUGAUGAUAGCAGCGAGGAUGAGAGUAGUUCCGACAACAAAGUCUCCACGAAACUCUCUACGGACAAGCUCUUGCAGGGGACAACGAGUUCUAGCAAAGUGAAGCCGCCCGUCGCGAAAGCUACGUCCUCGCCCUCCUCAUCCUCAUCCUCUGCAGACAGUGACGAGGAUGCAUAUGAGCGCAAACAAACAGCAGCAGCAAAGCUUGCCAAAUCGGCACUUAACAGGGCCAGAUCAGCCUCGUUGGCCGCAGUCUCGCCUUCAUCCACUGGUGAGGGUCUCCGGAAUCGCCGACCAGAUCCAAGCAUCCGUGAUGCUAGCAUCGAGUUAUCUGAUGACAGUAGUGAAGAUGACGAGCAUAGUAAGAACGACAAGCUUUAGGAAAGCCAAAGAGGAUGGACUGGCUGGAGUGGCAAGACAACAAUCAGCCCUCGGAUUGUGUAUCGAAACCCAGGUGGUCCGAACAGGUCGUGGACAACAAUCAAGAAAAAGCCAGUCUAAUGUGUGACAACAGUGUUGGAGCUUAGUGCGUGUUGGGGGUUUGGAUGCGGAUAGGAACACGACGAUCAAAGCAAUUCAAGGAGGGUUUGCUUUGCAUUUGAGGAAGCCGAAAAAGCCUUGCUGUUGGCAGAGAUUGGAGUAGAUCAUCAGCAAUUAUUGCUUGAGUUGAAUGUGUAUGAGAUCAGACUACGCAGAACAAAGUCGGCUUGGGACUUGAAGAAAUGUUGGUUGGGCUCUGAACGAGUAUGGAAUGGUCAGGCUCAUCGAGAUCAUCAACGCUCCAGUCUUGAAGAUCACAAAAUACCAUCAAAAAGGCCAGUUUGGUGUCUGACUCAACUGGACGAAUCACUGUAGCAUCUUCGCGGAGCACAUGGCAACACAGGGAAAUCCCAAGUAUUGUUCACACAGUCUGGGUUGGUUAUCA